AUGGAAGCUGCUAGUAUGCAUACACAAAUUUGUCAAUCUAACAAACUCAAAGAGGUCAAAGAGGAGGAAGAAGAUUACCAAGAUAGCAGAGAAGAAGAAGAAGAAGAAGAAGAAGCUGCAACGUUACCCGAUUUGGAAUCCCCUUCAUUUACAAGGACUAUCGGGAAAAACAUGUAUAAUGAGUUGUUGCGGUUUAAAGUUUUGGCUUCAAAACCAUGCAGGCAGUUCCAAGUUCCAACAGACUUUUCAGCAAAGUAUUUUCCUCCUGGAUACUACACCAUUAUGCUGAAAAAUUCAAGGGGAGAAAAAUGGAACGUAAACGUUGUGCCUACUGGGAAUGUCUAUCGCACAGUUAAACUUUCUUCACGGUGGGCUGAAUUUAGACGUGACAACGAAAUCAACUACGGAGAUACUUGCAUAUUUGAGGUUGUGGGUAGCAAAACAAUGGUGGUUCACAUUGAUCGUAAGUGA